AUGGAUCGGUGGCGGGCAAGACUUUCGCGCCGGUUAAAACGUUUCCAACAUGAAGAGCCUGCUGCUGACACUCAGUCCACAUUACCGGACUGCAGGCGACGUGACCCCGUUGAACAUGUGAAGGAGCUCUCAAUGAGAGGAAGUACGGCCUCUAUAUCAAGUGAGGAUUCGAUCAGGAACAAGAAUCAGCACGAAGAAGCUGUGCCUCGGAGCCUCCCAGAAAAGAGAAGGUCGCCGUCAAACAGUAACUCCCCAUGCCACAUCAAAAGUUUUACAGGUGAAGAUCGAAAACCCGAUUCUGGCUUGCCCGAGUCCUCAAAAUCAGGUAGCGACGAGGGAAAAGCUGAAAAUUUCUGGAAAGAAGCGUUCGAGAGGCUCCCUCCGACAUCACAAGAUCGACUUCGAGCCCUGGGAUACGAACCGGGUGCGGAGACUCAGCAAGCAGGGGCUGUAGAUAUCCUGCUUAAUGAUCUCCAAGAGAAGCGGGUGCUCUGCGAGGAGAAGACCUGGAAAUACAAUAAUGAAAUCUUCGUGCGAGACUACGCUGCCAAAUGUGCGACAUGGGUGAAGUUGAUCGGGGAUCUCGUCGUUCCGUUCGCACCCUCGCAAGCUGCAGGGCCGUGGGGGUUGAUCAAGGUAGCUUUGGAGAUUCCUGUAAAGUUUGCCGAUGAAAUGGUUGCCCUACUUGGAACUGUAGAGCGGGUUCUGCAGGCCACGUAUCGUGGCAGAGAAUAUGAGUCUGCUUAUGCGACAGGAAACAAUGACAUUGCUGACACUCUACGCCGAAACCUUGUCAAUGUUUACCAGGCUAUCUUGGAAUUAUUGAGCUACAGCAUUAAUAUGCUGUCCAAAUCGACUUGGACUAGGAUUUUGGACACCAUGUUCGACAAAGGCUCGGGGCUAUUCUCGGAGCUGACAGCAAAAGAGGAAGAGCUUGCUAAGACUGCUCAGGCGUGCAGUGCAGCGACAGGUGGAAAGACAUUAUACCACCUCCAGGACGUUCGAAGGCACUUACCCCGCAUAGAGACUCAGGUUGCAGAAAGCCUGGAAAAGCUUGAAUGGGGAGAGGCUAUGGAGAUUUUAGACUGGAUCUCACCAGUCAAAUAUGGGUCCCAUCAUAAUAAUGUGCGCGGCAAUCGGACACCAGGCACGGGUGAAUGGCUCUUACAGAACGGUACAUUCCGAGAUUGGGAAGAAAGCAGUUCUUCGGCAGUCUUAUGGUUGCGAGGAUCUCCGGGCGUGGGAAAAACAUUCCUUACUUCAAGGGUUAUCGAUCAUGUUCAAGAUACUCUCACAAGAGUGCCCAACGAUGAAGGAUUCGCCUAUUUCUACUGCAACCGAACCGAGGACAAUCGAACACGACCCCUUGCCGUAGCGCGGAGCUACGUGCGUCAGUUGUCUGCUUCCGCAAGCAAGAGCAGUUCGUUGUACAUACAAUCUAGGCUUAGGUCCACAUACAGGGAAUUGCGCAUGUGUGGAGAGGAUCUGGACUUCAAGCGCUGCAGGACUUUACUCACCGAAUCUCUAAACCUCUACCCUCGAACAACUUUGGUGUUGGAUGCCUUCGACGAAUGCGAUCUUACUUCGCGUGGUGACCUCCUUCAGCUGUUUCAGGACUUGCUUUCUAGCAGCACAAGACCAGUGAAGUUAUUUAUUGCAAGCCGUCCUGAUGGGGAUGUUCAGCAGCAGGUUCGCUCGUAUCCAAACAUUGACAUUCAGGCGACCGAUAACCACCAAGAUAUUCAGGCCUACAUUAGUCAAGAGAUGCUAAAGCUGAUUGAAAAGAACCGUGCAUUCGGCAAACUCCGAGAUGAAAUUGAGUCGACUCUGUCAGAGAGAAGUCAAGGAAUGUUUCAAUGGACCUAUCUGCAACUCAAACAGCUCGGAAAAUGUAUGUCUCCUGAAGCUAUACGGGAAUGUCUGGGAGCGCUUCCCAAAACUCUCGACGAGACGUAUGACAGACUGUAUGAGGAAAUAGAGGAAAACCCUCCCCACGACCGAGACCUCGCACUACGCGCUUUGAAGUGGGUUCUGGCCGCACGGGAACCACUUUCACGGGAAUUGCUCCUUGAGGCAGUCCGUAUCAACCCCGACGUUAUGACAACAGAGUUAUGUACCCCAAUUACCGACGAUGCAUUGUUGGCGUUGUGUCGCAAUUUCCUGGUCAUCGAUUCCGAGCGGGACGUAUGGAGAGUAUCGCAUCUCUCGGUCGCAGAGUAUUUCGAACUCCGUCGCAGCUGGACUACUGCAGUCACCAACUUUAUGGUGGGCAAAGCUUGUUUGCUAUUUAUGUUGAGUGACACUUGUUGGAACGAGAGCAUUCACGCUCCUAACGACGACGAAGAAUUGUACGCCUUGCCCCUAGAAUAUGAUUUUUCGCGACCAUUCCUCUACUACGUCGCGCGUUACUGGCCAGGACAUAUUGCAAACUUACGCUAUAUCGGCGUGUCGGAUGAUGACUUGUCUACUGUGACCAAGCUUCUAGAAAAGUUUCUUGGUGCUCCACAGGAUAGCAGCGCGCAGUAUCGUGUUUGGGCCCGGUACUAUUCUGAAUUACAACCUGUUGAAUACUCUCUUCUGGUCAUGUGCUUAUAUGGACCCUACCUUGAAGUAUCGGACAGAUGGUGGAAUGAGGUUGAGCUAGAUCUGGCUAAUACUAACGACUCUGGUGACACCUCCAUGCUCCUGGCUGCAAGGUAUGGCCAUAUCCCAACACUGCGGAUUCUUCUGGCGAAAGGGGGAAAUCUUGGCAUACAAGGCAGCUCAACCAUGUCGACACCGCUGAUCGAGGCUGCCGAUAGAAGACGUGUCGAGACGGCCAGAUUUCUGUUGAACCAGAAAGCGGACGUCAAUUUGAAGAUAGACAGGAUGAGUGCCUAUAGAACAUGCGCAUUGGAAGCGGCUAUAAUGGAAGAAGACUCCGAUAUGGUGCAGCUGUUGGUCUCCGAAGGCCACGCAGACGUUAACAUGCAUUUGGACAACUACUAUGGCAGCCCACUAGCAGUUGCCAGUUUUCGUAACUGGUUGGAGGGCACAAAAUUCUUGGUGGAACAGGGCGGAGCUGAUGUUAAUCUGGCUCUGCAAUACGGGAACUAUGGUAGCGCCCUGGCUGCCGCUGCGGGAAGCUGUGGUGCCUAUUUGGAGACAGUGAAAUACCUUGUCGAAGUCAGAAAGGCUGAUGUCAACUUGCCACUCCCCAAAUCUCGUUAUGGUAGUGUGUUGGCCAUGGUAGCGUGGAGAAUGAAAAUAGCCGUCAGAAACUCUCACUGCCGUCGCGCAGCUAACUUGAGAGAGAUUGUUCGGAUUCUGCUCGCGGCAGGAGCCUUGGUUGUUCUGUCUGUUGGAAAACGGAAGAUUGUGGAUGCACUUGAAGCUUCCUAUGAACGUGGGUGCGAUAAUAAACGUGAUGACGGUAAUCCCGGGGAGGACAGUGAUAGCGAUGAUGAAGGUCCAGGUUGUCUCUAUGAAGAGGAUGCGGAUCAUGAGGGUGUUGAGGAAGCCGAGGAAUCCGCGAAGGCCAUGCGUGUUUACCUACAAAGGGCAAUGUGGCAGCAGUAUACAAGUGGCGCGCUUGGUAGAAAAGAAGCCAAAUAUGUGGAGGCUAAAUACGGUCAAACGAAGGCCUAG